CAUUUUUCCCCCUUACUGGCCUCACCCUAAAAAAUGGCCACCCCCACCAUCGCCUCCUCUUCUUCGGUCACUCCCACCUUGCCACCGCCGGAUCUACUCAAAUCCGUCCAUCCAACCACGACCCUGCCGUUUGACUUCCAGAUGCAGAUUUUCCUCACCGUUCCGCCUGAGAUCUCAUCGAUUGUAAAGGAGAAAAAAGAUGACGAGGUGAGGGAGAGAACAGGAAGGAAAGAGAGAAGAGAAGACUUUUUUGUAUUUUUGGAUAAAAAAUAAAAACAAAUGCCGUGUCUAUGUCACUGCACAUGGAGAAGACUUAGCUGCUAACUGCCAGGUCAAUGCCUCACUUCCUUAUGCUGCAACCUUCUCAGCAUUUUCUAUCUACCACAUUCAGUUCAUUCACCUAUAAUAUACAAACAAACAUCUAAAUCAGUUUUACUCAAUUCUUGCAUCAUAUAUAAUGACACAAGCUUCAUUGUCUGUCUCUUCUAGCUUAACCUAUGAUGUUUUCAUCAGUUUUAGAGGUAUAGAUACCCGCAACAAUUUCACCCGUGACCUCUACGAUUCUCUAGAUCAAAACGGUAUUCACACUUUCUUUGAUGAAAAACAAAUUCAAAAAGGAGAACAAAUUACACCAGCCCUUUUUCAAGCAAUUCAACAAUCUAGGAUUUUCAUUGUUGUUUUCUCUAACAACUAUGCUUCCUCUACUUUUUGUUUGAAUGAACUUGCCUUGAUCCUUGACUGUUCCAACACACAUGGACGCUUGCUUUUGCCCGUUUUUUAUGAUGUCGAUCCAUCACAAGUUCGCCACCAAAGCGGUGCUUAUGGUGAAGCUUUGAAAAAACAGGAGGAAAGGUUUUGUGAUGAUAAGGAUAAGGUGCAAAAAUGGAGGGAUGCUUUAUGUCAAGCUGCUAAUGUUUCUGGCUGGCAUUUCCAACAUGGGUCACAAUCAGAAUACAAAUUUAUUGGAAAUAUCGUUGAGGAAGUCACUAAGAAGAUCAAUCGCACUCCUUUACAUGUUGCUGAUAACCCAGUUGCGCUAGAGUCUCCAGUGUUAGAAGUAGCAUCUCUUUUAGGGAUCGGAUCUCAUGAGGGAGCCAACAUGGUUGGCAUUUAUGGAACCGGCGGUGUAGGAAAAUCAACAUUGGCUCGUGCUGUGUAUAAUAACCAAAUUUCUGAUCAAUUUGACGGUGUGUGUUUUCUUGAUGAUAUAAGAGAAAAUGCAAUUAAUCAUGGUCUUGUGCAACUCCAAGAAACACUGCUUUCUGAAAUACUUUGUGAGAAGGAUAUUAGAGUGGGUAAUGUUAACAGAGGAAUUUCAAUCAUAAAAAGAAGGCUCCAAAGAAAAAAGGUACUUUUGGUUCUUGAUGAUGUUGACAAAGCGAAGCAGAUACAAGUACUUGCAGGUGGACAUGAUUGGUUUGGCUCCGGCAGCAAGAUCAUAAUCACUACAAGAGACAAACAUUUGUUGGCUAUUCAUGAGAUUCUGAAUAUAUAUGAGGUUAAACAGUUAAAUCAUGAAAAAUCUCUUGAAUUGUUUAAUUGGCAUGCCUUUAGAAACAGAAAAAUGGAUCCAUGUUACAGUGAUAUUUCAAACCGUGCCGUUUCUUAUGCUCAUGGCCUUCCAUUAGCUUUGGAGGUGAUAGGUUCUCAUUUGUUCGGCAAAAGAUUAGAUGUGUGGAAAUCUGCAUUAGAUAAAUAUGAAAGAAUUCUUCAUGAAGAUAUUCAUGAAGUUCUUAAAAUUAGCUAUGAUGAUUUGGAUGAAGAUGACAAGGGUAUUUUUCUUGACAUUGCUUGUUUCUACAAUUCUGAUGAAAUGAGCUAUGCCAAAGAAAUGCUAUACCUACAUGGUUUUAGUGCUGAAAAUGGCAUUCAAGUGCUGACAGACAAAUCCCUCAUAAAAAUUGAUGGCAAUGGUUGUGUGAGAAUGCAUGACUUAGUUCAAGACAUGGGCAGAGAAAUCGUGAGGCAGGAAUCAACUUUGGAGCCUGGCAAACGCAGUAGAUUAUGGUCUGAUGACGAUAUAAUUCAUGUUUUGGAAGAAAAUACGGGCACUGAUACAGUUGAAGUCAUAAUCAUCGACUUGUACAAUGACAAAGAAGUGCAGUGGAGUGGAGAAGCCUUCAAGAAGAUGAAAAAACUAAAAAUUCUUAUAAUUAGAAGUGCACGUUUUUUUAGAGGUCCUCAAAAACUACCAAAUAGUUUGAGAGUUUUAGACUGGAGUGGAUAUCCAUCACAAUCUUUGCCAAUUGAUUUCAAUCCUAAGAAGCUUAAUAUACUUAGCCUACAUGAAAGUUACCUUAUAUCGUUCAAACCGAUCAAGGUGUUUGAGUCCUUGAGCUUUCUGGAUUUUGAAGGAUGCAAGUUAUUAACCGAGCUACCUAGCUUAUCUGGACUAUUAAAUUUGGGGGCACUGUGUCUUGACGAUUGCACUAAUUUAAUCACGAUUCAUAAGUCGGUUGGUUUUCUCAAUAAACUCGUGUUAUUGAGUACUCAAAGAUGCAACGAACUAGAAGUUUUGGUGCCCAACAUCAAUCUGCCAUCUCUAGAGAUUCUAGAUAUGAGGGGUUGUUCGUGUCUCAAGAGCUUCCCUGAAGUAUUGGGAGUAAUGGAGAAUAUAAGAGAUGUUUAUUUAGACCAAACUUCCAUAGAUAAGUUGCCAUUUUCAAUUAGAAAUCUUGUUGGCCUCCGACGAUUGUUCUUGAGGGAAUGCAUGAGCCUAACUCAGCUAACGGAUAGUAUUCGUAUAUUGCCGAAACUCGAGAUAUUAACGGCUUAUGGUUGUAGAGGAUUUCAAUUGUUUGAGAGUAAAGAAAAAGUGGGUUCAGAAGUGUUUCCUAAAGCCAUGCUUGUUUAUAAAGAAGGAAGCGCAGAAUUGCUUGAUAUGUCCUCUCUUAACAUAUGCCCCGAUAAUGUCAUAGAAGUAAUUAGUACUUCAAUUCUUGAUGGUAAUGUUGUAUUAAUGAGAAAAGGGAUUGCUAAAGGGAGAGGAAAUUGGUAUCGACAUGAAAGCAACGAAUCAUCCUUACGAUUUUGGUUUCAAAAUAAAUUCCCCAGGAUAGCUCUGUGUUGUGCUGUAGAACCUCCUGUGUGUAAAGACAAUAUGUUGUUGGAUUUCAAUUUAAGUGUUCUCAUCAAUGGCACUAAGCAAUUCACUUCUUCAUGCAACUACAUGUUUUCUGCUGAAAAAUUAACUGAACAAGUUCUUAUGUGUGAUUUAGUAUGCAAAGUGGAAAGAUCGUAUUUAGAGCAUGAAUGGAAUCAAGUAGAUAUUUCAUAUGAAUUUAAAUACUCUAUGCCAUGUGGCUCUAAAAGAAUAAUGGCUACCCAGGAGAUGACCACAACAAGAAAUCCAAGUUGGUCCUUCAUUUAUGCCUAUGAAGAAGAUAACAAAGUGGGUAUCAGAUUUCUCUCCCAGUUUGUGGAAUGGGUAGAGCAGCACAGAAGAAAUAUAGCAUAUUAUUGGUUUGGUUCAGUACUUUACACAAGAUCUUUCUCUCCAUUGGUCGAAAAAGAGAGAUCUAUCUUUCCCGAACUAAAAUUAAAAUUAUUUAAUUUAAUGGUCGAAGAGAUAGAGGGACCAGCGAUUGGGAUCGAUCUCGGAACCACAUACUCAUGCGUAGGUGUAUGUCAACAUGACCGUGUUGAAAUCAUCGCCAACAACCAAGGUAACAGAACCACACCAUCUUACGUUGCCUUUACCGACUCUGACUGUCUCAUUGGUGAUACUGCUAAGAAUCAAGUUGCCUCGAACCCUAUCAACACCGUCUUUGAUGCUAAGAGGUUGAUUGGCCGUAGAUUCAGCGAUGCCUCUGUUCAGAGGGAUAUGAAGUUGUGGCCUUUUAAGAUGAUUUCUGGCCCGGAUGAAAAGCCAUUGAUUGGUGUUAACAACUUUGGUGAAGAUAAGCAAUUUGCCCCAGAAGAGAUCUCAUCCAUGAUACUCUGGAAGAUGCGUGAGAUUGCUGAGGCCUACGUUGGCUCUGCCAUUAGGAAUGCUGUUGUUACUGUCCCUGUUUACUUUAAUGAUUCUCAGAGACAAAUUACUAAGGAUGCAGCUGUUUUUGCUGGUCUUAAUGUCAUGGAUAUUAUCGAUGAGCCCACUGCUGCAGCCAUUGCUUAUGGUUUUGACAUGACCAGCGUUGGAGAGAAGAAUGUCUUAAUCUUUGACCUUGGUGGUGGGACUUUUGAUGUCUCUUUGCUAACUUUUGAAGAGAGUGACGUUGAGGUUAAAGUUAUAUCCGGAGACACCCAUCUUGGAGGUGAGGAUUUUAAUAACAGAAUGGUGAACCACUUUGUUCAAGAGUUCAAGAGAAAGAACAAGAAGGACAUCAGUGGCAACCCAAGAGCUCUUAUGAGGUUGAGGACUGCUUGUGAGAAGGCCAAGAGAACUCUAUCAUUUACUGUCCAAACCACCAUUGAAAUUGAUUGUCUAUUCGAGGGAAUUGAUUUCUGCUCCCCCAUUACUCGUGCCACAUUUGAAAAGCUCAACAUGGAUCUCUUUAGGAAAUGUAUGGAGCAAGUUGAGAAAUGUUUGAGAAAUGCUAGGAUGGACAAAACAAGUGUCCAUGAUGUUGUCCUUGUAGGAGGUUCUACCAGAAUUCCAAAGGUUCAACAAUUAUUGCAGGAUUUCUUUAACGGAAAGGAGCUAUGCAAUAGCAUUAAUCCCGACGAGGCUGUUGCGUGUGGUGCUGCAGUUUACGCUGCAAUCUUGAGUGGUUGUUGAUGGCUUCUUAAUUCUUUCUCUUUUCCCUGUUCUUUUUUGUGAAAUGAGUAUUGUUUUUCCUAUAAUCAUGUUAUCAAUGCGAAAUAUCAACCCAACUUUGCUGAUAUCUAAUCUCUGCUGGUGAACCUGGCUCGCCACCUCUCCCAACCGCAUUUUUCUCAUACACAUUGGUCGAACAUGAGACCUUGUUUAAGAGACCAGAGUCUAGUUAAUGUCAAUUUGUUUAUUCUAAUACAUUAACAAGUGUAUAUUGUGGAAGCUUUGUAUUUUUGUUAAAUUUUUGUCUUUUAGGGUGUGAUAGGUAGGUGCAUGCUUAAUGAUGUUGAUGAAUUUGAAAUGGUUUUGUUGAUAACAUUUUGGUUACAAUUUACAAGGAAUUUACGGUUCAUUUAUUUUAA